AUGGCCGACGACAGCUACCGAAAAGAGUAUCCCCAGCACAGCCGCCCCGACGACAGUCACCCUCGAACUCAGUCACAUUAUCCUCCACCACCAGACACUGCCCAGCGUCCUCCCGACGCUCCUCCAGGUACUAUGGCUACCUCAGUCACUUUGCCCUCUAUCCAUGACUCUCGCGGUUACGGGCCGCCACCUGUAGCUCCGGGUCGUGGCUAUCCUACAGACCCGCGAUAUGCAUCUCCUAAUGCCGUCAACGGUUACCCACCCCCUGGCCAGCAGCCUCCACCAGGCCAACCUCAACAGUACCUUCCACCUCUGCAACCUCAGUCCGAUCCUCGAUCUUCAGCCUAUCCUCCUCCCCCGCCAGAUCAACGAGGUGGCUACUACGACGAACGCAGGCCUCCCUACGGCCAGGAGCCGUAUGGACAGGAUCACUACUAUGCUUACUAUCGCGGACAGCCCCAUCCAGGCCCUCCACCACCUAACGGGUACCGUCAUCAUCCUGGCGGUGUUUAUGAGUACCCUCCAGUGGGACCUGGAAAUGGACCUCCCUUGGCGCAGGCAGCUCCUCGCCAAAGAACAUCAAUUGCCUGUCGAUACUGCAGGAAAAGAAAGAUUCGCUGCAGCGGCUACCAAACUGCUCCCGGUGGGAAGUGUCAAAACUGUGCUAGAAUGAAUCAAGAGUGUAUUUUCCAACCUGUCUCUUCAUCAAGCUCGACAGCCUUUAUACCUGUAUCAGCAGUUCCAGGAGGGGUCCCUCCGGGAACACAAUUAUUCGGCGCCUAUGGUCAACCUUUGGCACCAGGCAAUCCUCCGCCUCCACCGCCGCCCCAUGCUGCUUACCAACAUUCUAGUGCUCCUCCACCUCCAGGAAACUAUUACGCACCCGUUCAGUCCCCCACGGAAUCUUUCUCGUCGUACGGAGACGCGAGAACGGACGAUGGUAGCCAGCUUGCAGGACGACGGCGUCGUAGGACUUCGGAGGAGCAAGAUGACGCCUACAGAUUACCUCCACCACGAAGCGCUGUAGACGAAGACCCACGACGAAGAUCCCCAGCCGAGUUUUCCAACCACAGCAGCCCAGGCGGUGUUGGUUACCCUACAUACCAAGGCGCGAGACAGAGCCCGCGGAACCCGACGAGCGGAACCCUGCCUCAGGCUGCAGCGAGUGGUAGCUAUGCAACUUCUGCACCUGGUGGGCGGUCACCGACAGGUCAGAAUGGGUCAAGUGGUGCGUCCACCCCCGCCCGACAGGGACAGCAAUCCCAAGGAGGAAAUGCAUCGAUCAUGAGUCUGAGCAACUUGGUAGAAAAAAACGACAUUGACAAGACCAUGAUCGACAGGCUUAAUCGACCUGCACCAGGUCAGCCAAGUGGUCGAAGAGACGCCAGCCGUUGA